AUGUCCUGCCCGUUUCUCGCGGCGGCUGCAGCUUCCGGCGAGGCUAACGACGCGAUUCGCCCCGCAGGAGGCUGCCCUUUCGCGAAGCGUUUCGGUCUCCUUGGCUCAUCUCCAAGCGACCCAGCGACGCAGCGAGAUUUGCCGAUCGCAGCAGCGGCAGCAGCAGCCGGCACAAGCGAAGCCGCAACAGAAAGAGGGGAUGCCACUACCGGGGAAAAACACGAAUCUGGACCACGCAAUUCUGCUCCAGACGUGGUCGACGGACGAGCGGACAGCAGCGGUGCUGCGGAUGGGGGGACGACGGGGGGGGAGAGCGGGGGGGAGAGCGGGCGGAAGGCUGCCCAGGGGCGGUGUCCGUACGGAUUUGACUCCGCAGCGGAUGGGCGCAUGGCGGCGGCUGUGGGGCCGAUGAGUUGCGUGCUGUGCAAGGCGUUGCUGUUCGACCCCUCGCGCUGCGACCCGUGCAAGCACGUGUACUGCAGGGAGUGCAUAGCGCGGUUCACGGACUGUCCGCUGUGCGGGUGCGACGUGAAGGCGCUUCUCCCUGACGCAGCGCUCACACAUGCCGUGGACGCGUUCAUCUCCGCGCACGUGCUGCACCGCCCCCCUGCUCUGCUCCCCCCGUCACUGCCCGCACCACGCUCCGAGCCGUCUCACAACGCGCCAGACGCUGUCGCUGCUGCGGAUUCGUCCGGCACAGAUGCUUCUGCAGCUGCAGGUUCAGCAGCAGCAGCGGAGCGGGAGGCAGAGGCAGCGAGGGUGGAGGUGGAGGCACUGGAUCUAGACAAGGCCAGCCCGGGCAGCUUCCUCUUCAUCCACGCCAUGCGGGCCAUGCAGCAUGGCAACCUGCCCAGUGCGCGAGCCCGCUUCGCCCUCUCCGCCUCCUCGCUCAAGGCCUUCCUCUCCCCACUCUCCGCUGCUUCUACUGCUCCUGCUGCUCAUGCUGAUGCUGCCCGUGGUGUCAGCAGCAGCAGCAGCAGCAGCUGUGCUGGCAACGCUCGAGAAAAUGAGUCUCCACAGUCAGGCGAUAUCGCUGCAGACUCACCCGUGCCAGACCCAGCAGCAGCAGCAGCAGCAGCAGCAGCAGCAGCAACAGUAGCAGGCGGAGUGGAACGCUCUGAGACACAGCGGCGUGCAGCAGUGUCACGACUGGGAGCAGUGCUUGGCUCCCAUGCCGACUGCUGGUGCGUGCCUGCUACUCUACCCCUCCUCUCCUCCUCUCCCCUCACACACCAGACCUCAUCCCCCCCUCAUUUUCCUCUUCCCCUGUCUUUUCUGCUCAUGUCUGACGUGGCAUCGGCGGCCAGCAGCUACCAGGAGGCUGUGGAUGUGCUCUCUGCUGCGCUGCCUGCUCCGCGCAAAGGCAAGGCGGAGAGCGAGGGUGAACUAGCAGAGGAGGAGGGGCAUCAGCAGGAGCAGGAGAAGCAUGGUGGUGGGAAUUCCAACGGUGCUGUUGUUGAUGACGAGCUGUGCCAUGCGCUCUGUGUGACGCUCAACAAGUUGGGAGACCUGCACUACCGCUCCGACCGCCUGCCUGAAGCGCUAGCUCUCUACCAGCAGGCUCUUGCACGCAGGCAGCACGCUCUGGCUCGCACGGAGGCAUGUGCCCAGUCACGCGGAGUGGGGGAGAAAGGGGAGGGCGCUGUGCGGGAGAAGGCCAGUAAGGCAUUGGACGUGGCAGUGUCAACAGCCAAGGUGGCGGACGCGCAGCAGGCGCUGGGGGAGGAGGCGCGCGCUAGGGAGGGCUUCUCACGCGCGCUGCGCCUCAUGCAGGGCGUCAGAGAGAUGCUCGCUGUUGCUGCUGCAAGCGGGCAAGGCGACUGCAUGGCUCUGCUGGACAAGGUGGGGUGGGGUGUGGGGUAUAGGUGGGGUGUGGGGUAUAGGUUGUUGCUGGGGAUGUAG